CUUACCCAACUAACAGCUUAAUGCUCUUUCGAGCCAACCCUUCCCUCGCCCAAACUUACAAACGUAUAACAUCGACUUUCAUCGCAACACAGUACAGACCACUCAGCAUGUCUCUCAGGCGCUCAGCUCGCAACGUGACAAAAAGCGUUGCAGACUCUACAAUAGCAGAUUCGCAUUAUGUCGUCGCGAAAAGCGCUACAAAACCCACACCUACAGCCUCCAAGAAACGCAAGAGUGAUGCAUCCACAGCAUCACCAGAACAGGUCAAAAAGGCCCCAGACUCUGAAUUUGCAGUCCCCAAAACACCUCUAUCCAAGAAACGUAAAGUUAAAGCAGCGGAAGAGUCUCCUGCGAAAGCUUUACCCUUCACGCCAACUCCAGCUACUGUCGGUCUGAUGGCGUCGACAUCCAGAUCUGCAGAAGCAGAACACCCCCUAGACGACCUUGCGUCCCUCAAACCACGCCCCGCCGGUCCCCUUGCAACAAACGCCCCCGUGCUAACACCCGAUGGUUCGAAAGUUGUAGCCUACGCAUCGUCUCCUCUGAAAUCAGAACACACGUCGCCGCAAAGCGAAAAUGCGUCUCCAGCUAAGAAGCGUAAGGCCAAGGAACUCGUACCCCCAGACGUCGGGGCCCUGAGACCACCAACCGCCACAAUCGACACGUUGCUGAAUGAUGCCGAGGCGUUUUUGGUCAAAGUCGAUCCGAAGAUGAAGAGCCUGGUGGAGAAACACACAUGCAAGAUAUUCACUCCCGAGGGGUUGAGAGAAGCUGUUGAUCCGUUCACGGCGUUGAGCAGCGGGAUCAUCGGGCAACAGGUAUCAGGUCAGGCCGCAGCCUCAAUCCGCAAAAAAUUCACAGCCCUCUUCCCCGCCACCCACCCCUCCUUCCCCACGCCCGCCCAAGUCCUCGCCCUAGACCUACCCACCCUCCGCACAGCAGGCCUCUCCCAGCGCAAAGCAGAAUACAUCCACGGCCUCGCCGAGAAAUUCGAGUCCGGCGAGCUCACCGCCGCGAUGCUAGUCAGCGCCAGCGACGACGAACUGAUUGAGAAGCUUGUUGCUGUGCGGGGGUUGGGCCGGUGGAGUGUGGAGAUGUUUGCGUGCUUUGGGCUGAAGCGGAUGGAUGUUUUUUCCACGGGGGAUUUGGGCGUGCAGAGAGGUAUGGCGACGUAUAUGGGUCGCGAUAUCAGCAAACUCAAGGCUAAAGGCGGGAAGUGGAAAUACAUGUCCGAGCAGGAAAUGCUCUCGAUAGCAUCUACCUUUUCACCAUACAGGAGCCUGUUCAUGUGGUACAUGUGGCGCGUCGUAGACGUAGAUGUGAGCGGCAUGCAGGACGGGGAUGCGUCGUGAAGGCGCUUUAGGUACUAAGUUGUGGACGAGAAGGGAUGGAUGGGGUAGAUGUAACGAGUAGAGGUUCAAAUGGAAUAGAAGGAACAACUCCUACUAUCUAGAUAGGUAGACAAACUCUGCAUUUCAAGCCGCACCGUU